AUGUCAGGCUUCGAGGAAGGCCCCGAACCAGGAUCGCGAUGGACACUCGUGUUCGACGGUGCUUCCAAUGCUCGAGGCCACGACAUAGGUGUUGUUAUCACUUCUCCAACCGGCUUCCACCUUCCAUUUAUCGCUAGAUUGUGUUUUGACUGCACCAACAAUAUGGCAGAAUAUGAAGCAUGUAUCUACGAUUUAGAGGCGGCAAUCGACUUAAGGAUCAAGGUUCUUGAGGUAUACGGUGAUUCAACUCUGGUAAUCAGUCAAGUAAAAGGUGAUUGGAAGACUCGGGAUAACAAGUUGAUACCUUACAAGGAGCAUAUCAGAAAACUGGUACCUUACUUUGAUGAAAUCUCUUUUCACCAUAUUUCUAGGGAAGAAAAUCAGUUAGCAGAUGCUCUAGCCACAUUGGCAUCUAUGUUCAAAGUCAAAUGGAAGAACGAAGCACCAUCCAUCCAUAUUGACCACUUAGAUGAACCGACACAUUAUCUAGCAAUCAAGGCCGAUCCUGACGAUAAGCCCUAG